AAGAAAAUAAUUGGUUUAAAGAUAUAGAACAAAAGAAAAUGAAAAAUAUAUAAAGGAUGGGGAAAGAAAAACGUAUAAGAUAUAUGGUAAAUAGCACUUCAACAUCACAUAAAAACUAUCGCAGCAUACACACACUGCAGAAAACAUUAUGAGAAGCGCACCGUAUAUCGCUCUUGCUUGCUUUCUUACUAUAGAAUUUGUACUUUGUUAUGACGUCACGGACGAUAAAAUGAUGUCAGAAGAGAUUUUAAAGAGAGAAUCAAACCCGCUCUGUAAAUUUGGCAUGAAAUUUUGCAUAUAUCGACGUGACGUUAAAAAACGCACCGUACCAAGAUGUUGGCAAAAUCCAUCAAUGUGUUUACCGAAAUUCCUCAAACGGCAAGGUGAAGAUUCAAUAUGCCAGACAGAUCCUAGUUUGUGCAUGUUUGCGUCGAAAAAAAAUAUUAUAGAUUAUCCAUCAGGAAAUCAAGAAUUUCUAGCCUGUCUUAACGUUUGCAACAAAUACCGCUUUUUCAUUGGGGUGUUACGAGCAUGUCAAAGGCAGUGUCAGCAAUAAUCUUUAACAAUUAUAGACGAUAUAAAGAAAACGGAAACAUAUGAAUGAAUAUAUUAGCAAGUAUUUUCUCUAAAUAUAAGUAAUACAGCGGGGAAAGAUGGAAAGAUGGUUUGUUUUUAUCAUUUUGCUAGAAUUCUGAAAAAAAUUCCCAUAAUAUAUCUUAAUCUUUUUUGGAACGGAAGAUGUUUUUCCAAUUCGUGUUUGAAGUGUACGUUAUAGUGUGUCGCCGGACCCUCCCCUCUGUGGAGGUGUUCCACAUUUUAAUAAAGAAAAUUUUGAAUUUUAACGAAUAAAAACAAAGUUAUUAUAAAAUCAGCUUAAAUUCUAAUGUAUUUAAAAAAAACACUCUUUAAAAAUAUACGAAGCUUUUCGCAACAGUGUGACAUUAUUAAGUAAAAAUAUUUCUAAGCUAAAAACUUAUACACACGUAUCUACAGUAAAAUAAUUAGUUUAACCAAAAACAGUCUCAAACGACGAUAAAAAUACGUCUCAGAAGGAGAAAUAAGAGCUAUCUAAACAUCUCGUCCAGAAUCCAGAUCAUGAGUUCACCUGGUCUAUAUUUACUAAAGCAAGUACGGACACAAGAAAAAGAAAAAUUUUUAAGGCAUUUUAUAUUUCUACUCAAAAGCCGUUAAUUAAUGACCAACUGGACGUUAAAAGUUUAUUACUUUUUAGAAAUGGUAUUACUUAGUUUUCUUUUUACCUGUUGUUAACCGUUUUUAGCAUUCCCGAUCGUUUACGAUUCACAUUCGGUUUUUAUGAGUCCAUUAUUGCAAUUUCUCCAGGUUUUUCAUUUCCUUUUGUUUGCGAAUUUCUUAUGAGACGUAUUUUUAUCGUCCUUUGGAUUGUUUUUCAUUUAAACUAAUUAUUUCACUGUAGAUACGUGUAUAUAAGUUUUUAGCUUAGAAAUAUUCUUUACUUGAUCAUGUAACACUGUUACGAAAAGCUUCGUAUAUUUCUAAUUUUAAAAAGAGUGUUUUUUGUGUUUUUUUUUUUUGAAAAUACAUAAAAACAAAAUGUU